AUGGACGAUUUCGCUCCCCCAGCUGGUCCGCCUCCUCCCAAGGCCCCCGAUGUCCCUGCCGGAUGGGCCGCAAGAUGGAACGAACAGUACAAGGAAUGGUUCUAUGUCAACAUCUACACAAAACAAUCCCAAUGGGAAAAGCCCACUGCUCCUGUCUUCCCCAAUGAUGACGGCGCUCCCCCCGGCGCUCCUCCCGGAUACGAACAAGGCAAUGCGUCCGUAGUUACCGACACCAAGAAGAACCCCUAUGAGGACGUUACAGCUGGCCCCGGAGGAUCAUCUCAGGAUGAAGACGCCAAGCUGGCUGCUCGACUUCAAGCCGAAGAAGAUGCGCGCGCGCGCAGUGGCCCUGGUGGCCCUGACGUCCCCGCUGGAUACGGUGGCUCAAGUAGCCCGUAUCCUCAACAACAGCAGCAAGGCGGCAGCAGUUACCCUUCAGAGCUCCCCCCUAGAGACCGGGGUGCUAAGAGCAGCGGUGGUGGUGGUUUCCUAGGGAAACUGAUCGGCAAGGGCAAGCAAAUGGCCGAUAAGCGCCAGCAACAACAGGGAGGUUAUGGCGGAUCUCAUGGUGGUGGUGGUAUGGGUAUGGGUGGUGGCUAUCCUCAGCAGCAGUACUACCCGCAGCAAUCUCAUGGUGGCUACCCCGGUCACGGUCCCCCUAUGGGCUACGGUGCUCAACCUCAUUAUGGUGGUGGUUACGGCGCACCGGGUGGAUAUGGCGGCUACGGAGGUGGUCCUGGAUACGGUCCUCCAGGAGGCGGCUUCGGUGGUGGCAUGGGAGGUGGCCGCAGACCGGGAGGUGGAGGAGGUAUGGGCAUGGCUGGAGGCGCCGCUCUCGGUGCCGGUGCCGGUCUGCUCGGUGGUGCUAUGCUGGCGAACUCAUUCGAUAAUGAUGAGCAAGACGCUUACCAGGACGGUUUCCAGGACGGUGCCGAUUUUGAUGGUGGUGACGACGGCGGUGGUGAUGAUUAA